AGCUGCCCUUAACGCAGCUGCAGUCGGACCGGCUUAACAAAAAGUGUGACAUAAACAGCAGUGCUAGCUCCUGCUAGCUGGGCAGCUAGAUGGCCUAGCUUGUCGGCUAAAUAGCAGUAGCUAAUAGUGACGAGCGCUAGCUAGCAUGAAGUUAGUGAGUUUUUCCUCAAUUUGGUGUGCAGUGCCAUUUCAUUGACGAGGUUUUAGCAGACAGUGUAAUACGUUUUUACAUCGGUACUUGUACAAAAAGGAACAAAUCAUUUUAGUGGCAUGUCAGGCUAUUAAACCCCGUUAGGGAAUUAGCCAAUGCUAACAGCAUAACAAGCUGUCGAAGUCAACGGAUAGCGUUACUGUUAGCCGAGUAACUGGAGCUGCUGACUAGCGUUACAUCAGGCGCACACGCCUCCCAUAGUUAAACGAGCACUGGAGUUGAGCAACAGUGGAGAUAUUCGUAGUUAAUAUGUUUGAUAUCUUCAGAAGCUAAAAUAGUUUUUUACGGAGUCUGGUUUUCUUGAUAAAACCGAUCGUUUAGUUGCAGUAAAAGUCUUAGUCAUGAACUUAAACCGGAAAAAAGUCACAUCAAGGCGAAAAUGAGCAUCGUAACUGCUUGUCUGUUGGGGUGCUAACUGAAACUUUCACUUCUAAACUCCACUAGGAAGACUAAAGGAACCGUGAUCGUCCGCAGCCAAUUAAGGAUUUAGCUUUACCAUGGAAAACUCUGGCAGAUCUCACGUGCCAGACAAGGUGGCUGGGACGAGGACAACAACAGGAGAAAAGGCUGAAAGCUGGAGGAACCAGGACCAGGGCCGAGGACAGAACUCAGACCAAGGUCAGCAGGGCUGGAAGAGCCAAGCGGGCCCCUAUCGGGCCAGCCCACAAAAAGGGAGGCAUGGGCCCUUGAGUUAUUCCCCUGGUGGACUCAGAGGUGGUCACAGCCCCUUGCAGAGAGAGGACUAUCGGUGGUUCUCAGGACCUGAGAAUAGUGGGGGAAACCGAGAUGAUAACUGGAGAGAGCGUCCACAGCAGCAUCGGAGGACGAGUCCUCAGAGAGAAAGUCAAAGAGAGGACUGGGAGCAGGGGAGGAGUCCAACCACUGAUGGGAGUGCUCAAAAACUGGGGAAGAAACGGAGAAACCGAAAUAAGAAGAAAGCUUUUUCUGAAGAGAAUAGGGGCCCUGUGAUUGAAGAGUCCAUUCUCUCCGCCAAAGAGCUGCGCAGCCUAUGGCAGGCUGAGAAACGGCUGAACAGAGAUGAGAUAUACUGUCUAAAGAAGAAAUCCAACAGCAAUGCCAGUGCACUUUACACCUGUGCUCUAUGUGAUGUUCUCCUGGAUUCAGUGUCUGAUGCUUACAAACAUAUCAGAGACAAACGUCACAAGAAAAGAGCCAGGGAGAGGCAAGAGCAGGUAAUGCUGACUGAGAUUGUGCCUCCUGGUGCAGAGCAGAUCAGUGCUGUUAGCGCAGCACUAGAGGCUGUUGUCAAGGAACAUGGGAUGACUGAUGAAGAUGUAGAGAAGAGACAAUGCGUAGUCUAUGUCAUGCAAGACCUCCUUCUGUCCGUCCUGCCUGCGAUCAGACUCAGGCUAUAUGGAUCGUCUUGCACAAAAUUUGGAUUUAAGGAUUCUGAUGUCAACAUUGACAUUCAGUAUCCACCUCACAUGCAUCAGCCAAAUGUGUUGUUGUUGGUCAAAGAGACCCUCUCUGCGAGCCCUCUCUUCGUUGAUCUGGAAGCAGAUUUUCAUGCCAGGGUCCCUGUGGUCAUUUGCAAAGAGAAAAGAAGUGGCCUGGUCUGCAAAGUGAGUGCGGGGAAUGAAAAUGCAUUCCAAACCACCACCUUCCUUUCUGCCCUCGCCAGUCAAGAGCGCAUCCUCCUUCCUCUGGUCGUGGGCCUGAGACGCUGGGCCCAGAUUUGUCAGAUUGACCGUCCAGAGGAAGGCGGACUGCCACCAUACGUCUUUGCUCUCAUGGUUAUCUUCUUCUUACAACAGCGUAAAGAAUCUCUCUUACACACUUAUCUGAACCAUGAGAUUAAGGUGUUUUCACUGAGCAGGUUGUCAGACUUUAGCCUGAGUCAUGUAGAGGAUGGACAUUUACACUGGGUCUACACUCCACCCUCCUCCAAAGAAUCAUCACAGCAAGCUGAAAGCUCCUGUAUAAAGGGAAAGGUUCCCCUAGUGUUUCAGAGCCGCUCCCCUGUGGAGGUCGGUCUCCUGUGGGUUGAAAUGCUUCGUUUCUAUUCACUGGAGUUCAACGUGGCGGACAAUGUGAUCAGCGUGCGCACUAGUGCCGUCCUCUCCCGAGAGAUUAAAGACUGGCCAAAGAAACGCAUCGCUGUAGAGGACCCAUUUUCUGUGAAGAGAAACGUGGCCCGUACAAUGAACAGUCAGCAGAUGUUUGAGUACAUUCUCCACUGCAUCAAAACAACAUAUAAAUACUUUGCACUGCCACUCAACACGUCGGCUGCUGAUCAUAAAACAAAAGCACCACAUGGACCUGUUGAAGGUGCAGACGCUAAGGAUGAUACUGAGGAACUCUUUGGCCUGUCAGAUUUCAGUCUCCUCACUGUUCAGCCCCAGUCUGCAAGUGAACUCACAACUAAAGAAAAUGGUCCUGAAGACGCCGACUGCAUCAUUGAAGAGGAGGAAAUUGAAGAGGACAGCGACUCUGAUGAUGAAAGGGAGAGGGAAAAAGUGGACCGAGGCAAAAGCAGUCUUUCUGAAGAUGAGGAAGAUGAUGACGAAGAUGAGGAGGAGGAUGAUGAUGGUGUCAUACGGGCCAGACAACACUUGGAUAGCUUCACUACAGAGGAUGAGGAGCUUUUUCCAGUGGAUGAAAUAUCAGGGGAGGAGCUCUUGUCUGAUGAAGAGGGUCCAGAUUUGGACACACCUGGCUCCAUGGAUGAAGAAGAUGAGGAGGUAGAGGAGGAGAUCACACCUGCCAGUCCUUCACCUCAGCUCGUAGUGAAAGAUAAACCAGGAAAUAAAAACCAGAAACGGAACAAACGAUCAUAUGAAUUCACCAAGCAAGCUUUUACAAGAGGCAAGUCCCACACGGUUGUGUGCAGUUUAUGCAAGCGAGAUGGUCAUCUGAAGAAAGACUGUCCUGAAGAUUUCAAGAAAGUGCAGUUACAACAACUGCCUCAAAUGACACCAGAGUUUCUGAGGAUCCUUAACCAAGUUUGUGAGCAGUGCUACUUGGACUUUGCUCCAGAUGAACUCGAAGUGGGCGUAAGGGAGCACAUUCUGCAAGACGUGGAGAUCUUUGUCAGACGACAGUUUGCAGGGGCAAGGCUACAGCUCUUUGGAUCAUCCAAAAAUGGCUUUGGCUUCAGGCAGAGUGACCUUGACAUCUGUAUGGUGCUGGAGGGACAGGACAGCAUAGGUGAUGCUGACUGCAUUAAUAUCAUUGAAAGCCUGGCAAGACUGCUAAAGAAGCACCCAGGUCUGAAGAACAUCCUACCCAUCACCACAGCCAAAGUCCCCAUUGUCAAGUUUUACCAUGUUCAGACUGGUCUGGAGGGAGACAUCAGCCUCUACAACACACUGGCCCUCCACAACACACACCUGCUGGCAUCUUAUGCUGCCAUUGACAAAAGAGUGAAGAUUCUGUGUUAUGUCAUGAAAGUUUUCUCAUAGAUGUGUGACAUUGGGGAUGCGUCCCGUGGCAGCCUCUCCUCUUAUGCUUAUACCCUCAUGGUGCUCUACUUCCUUCAGCAGAGGAACCCACCAGUUAUCCCUGUACUGCAAGAGAUCUAUGAUGAUGAGAAAAAACCCAAGGUACUUGUGGAUGGUUGGAAUGUCUACUUCUUUGAUGAUUUAAAAGCACUGCCCAGUCGGUGGCCACACUUUGGACAGAACACUGAGACGGUGGGGGAGCUGUGGCUCGGCCUGCUUCGCUUCUACACAGAGGAGUUUGACUUCAGAGAGCAUGUGGUCUGUAUCCGGCAGCUCGCCCGACUCACUACCUUCGACAAGCAGUGGACAUCCAAAUACAUUGUCAUUGAAGAUCCAUUCGACCUGAAUCAUAAUCUUGGUGCUGGCCUUUCAAGAAAAAUGACCAACUUCAUCAUGAAGGCCUUCAUUAACAGCAGAACAGUAUUUGGCACGCCGGUCAAAGUCUUUCCUCCAGAGUACCCCACUAUGAUGGAGUAUUUCUUUGACCCUGAAGUUCUCACUGAAGGAGAGGUGGCUCCUAACGACCGCUGCUGCCGCAUCUGUGGCAAGAUCGGACACUUUCUGAAAGACUGUCCCAUGAAGAAGAAGUCCAGACACAGACGGGACCCAGAGAAAAGGCCCGAGAUGCAGCGAGACCAAACGGGCCCAGGAGAGGACGCCAAGGAGCCCAUCAAACACAAGAAUGAGCACUGGAGGAAAAGAGAUGCACUGGAAAUGCGCUGCUGCUACCUGUGUGGAUCAAGUACCCACAUCAAGAAGGACUGUCAGCAGUACCGAGGCCCUGCAGGAAAUAUGAAGAUGGAGAACUUUCCCUCUUCUUCUUCUGGCCACUUGAGAAAUUUGAGAGAACGAGAGAAACAGGGUUCCCCCAUACAAGAAGAGAAGAAGAAACGGAAGCAGCAACAUGUGAUAUUGAGUCCGCAGGCAGGUAGUUUAGCCUGUCGAAAUAUGGGUCGCUCUGGUCCCAGGAAGAGUCCGGUGGAAUAAACGGCAGCUGUUUGGAGACACGAGCUGCACAGACCACAUGGUGUUCUACCACACAACCGGAGUCCAGACCCCCCCACCCCUUAAAUCUGAAUGGGACUGUAGGGCUGAUAGGAGCCCAUUAAAAGCCAAAGCCAGGACGCCUUGACUUGAAGCCAAAUAGGGCCUUUUUAUGUGUGUGACUGUGUUGUUUUAUUUUGUUUUGUUUUUUUUUUCCCCCCCUAACACCCUCCUCCUCAGAGGAGCUUUUUAAAGUUUUAAUUUUAACCAGACAAGCCAUUUUGCAUCCACCUCUCGUCAUUGUUUACCUACACUGCCAGUCAACUUCUUUUAACCCAUUACAUUUCAAAUAAUUUCAGUGUAAAUUGGUGUCAAAACUACAAAAUAAGAGAAAUGGGUAUAAGUAAAUUGAGAAAUGUCUGUUUUAUAAUGCUAAAUGGCUUAAAUCUUUGAAAGCUUUAUUAUAGAUUUCAGUCAAUGGUCUCUCAGGAGUUACCCUUUUAACACUGUAUAGGCACUGGUGACAAAAAAAAAAAAAACACUGCUGGUUGUACAAGUGAAGCUCACAUUUUUCAAUUUACCCACGUACCUCCUGUUUAUUUAUUAAAUGACAAGGUUUUAUGAAGAAUUUUUUGUCCAGAGUUACUUGAUUGUUUAAAAAAAGACCUAAGUUGUGGAGUCAUGAAUGGCAGUGUACUUAUUUGUAAUGGCCAGGAUUUGUUUUUAUUUUUAACUUUUUUAUGAAUUUGUUUUAAUUCUCUGCACUGAAAUCCAUCAGUCUCUUUUCUUUCUUGCAGCAUUGAAAGCAGCUCCACCUAUGUCUGUGUGCUUUUGUCUGUUAGAAGAACCAUGCUGUUGGUAUAUUUCAGGAUCAUUGUUUUAAUUUUGUUGAUCCACAUGGUUUUAUAGAUGCUGCCCCAAACUGCCUGUAAGUAUGAACUGAAGUAAUAGUAAAAAUUAACUUUUUUUUUUUUUUUUUUUUGCUAACCUGGUGUGUAUAUAUCUCCAAACAAGCUAGGUGUUGUGUUGUAAGUUAAGUGGACGAGCACAUGGUGAGCCAGUUUCAUGUAAACCAGAUAAAGUAAUCCAGUUCAGUUGAUGGCAUACACUGCUACAGUCUCUUACAGAUUAACUAGAGGUAAUCUCAGUUGAGUGGGAAGAGAAAUAUAUUUAUCGUCUCAAGGCUACGUUUAGUUAUGUUGGUGCCACAGAUUUGUAGCUGCAUGGUCGGGGCCCACGCCCGUGAAAAAAUUUGCUGCUAAUUGAUGUCUGAAAGACCUGCUUAUCCUUCAACUUCAAAAAUGGCUUAAUUGUUGUCUUAAUAUGGUUGAAUUUUAUUAAAAAAAAGUUGUGUUUUUGAUGGUAUUGUAACUUUUUUUUUUUUAUUUUAGUUCAUCAAAAUGCUUUCUUCAAUGCCAGCCUUAAAUAUUAUUUUUGUGCUGGCCCCUAAUGGGAAAUUUAAUUUGUUAUUAAAGAACCCUGAUCCUGCCAGGAAAGGCUUGCAUUGCAAUUUAUGUCUCAAUCAAUUAAACUUAAGUCAAAUC